AUGUGGCCCUCGGUGCGCCGCCAAUUAGUGAAAGUAACUCUCUCCGCUACUCUCUAUAGCUCUUGGGCGAUUGGUCUGCUGCCCUUUCGCUACAAUGCGAAGACACAGAAAGUGACAAGAAGCAAAUGGCAGCUAGUUUAUGGAAUUAUUGUAAAUGUCAGUCUAUUGAUAAUUUUAUUUAAUUGUCGCGAGGACACCAAUAGUUCCAUUAUCAAAUCCCUAUUCAAACGCAAUUCCUUGCUGCAAUUAAUAACAAAUAUACACAAUAUACUUCUGAUAUCAACUGUAGUCGUUGUACAUUCGCGCAAUUGUUGGCAAAGCAAAGAGUUUGGCGCUUGCCUCAAUGAGUUGCUGCAGCUGCAUCAGCAGCACUUGCAACAAUUUGAUACGCGUGACUGCUACGCAUUGGAUAAUUAUAUAUUGUUAAAAGCUUGCAUUGUGCUAAGUGAGUUAGUGUCAAUGUUUCUCAUGGAAUGGAAUAUUCCACACGAACUUCUGACCUUGAAGUUGGCAGUGGGCGUCCUGAGUAUCGUAUUCCUGCAGCUGAGUGUUCUGCUGGUUACCAUGCACUUUCAUCUGUCGGUCGCUUUCAUCUAUCGUGCAGUAUGGAUAAUAAACCGGGAGCUACUCGAACUUGUGCAUCAACUAAACGCUCGCCAAGCCAUUGAACUUACGCGUGUUCGACAACUACACGCCCUCUACAGUCGUCUUUUGCAACUAAAUACGCGUCUACUUGCCAUCUAUGACUAUCCAAUGGUGCUCUUUACGUUUACGAUACUCGCUGUUAACAUUAUUGCCGUUUACUACUAUAUCGUGUUCACGAUUAGCUUAAAACAAGAAAUCACCUUCGUGCUGCUCGCUGGUUUCUUACAAGCCUUGGCUAUUAAUUUCCUUGACUUUUGGUCCUGCAUCUCCAUUUGCGAGCUCGCCGAACGCGCUAGUCGUGGUACAUCCAUGAUACUCAAGCUAUUCAGCACUAUAACUCUGUUGGAUGUGAGCUUAAAUCGUUGUCUUGAGGACUUUGCCAUGUUCUGCUGUCAUCGACGUCUUAGGUUUCUGCAUUGUGGUUUAUACUAUGUGAACAAUGCCAUGGGGUUUCGAAUGUUUGUCUCGUGCGUUUUGUAUUUACUGUACUUGGUGCAAUACGAUUUUAUGAAUUUGUAG